AAAUUUAAUUUAAAAUUAUUUUAAAAUUACUUUAUUCUAAAUAAAGUUCCAACAAAAUAAACAUUCAACGAUAGUCCAAGGCUUUGUCAAUUGUACGAGAUUUGUUGCGCGAGGGCAUCUUUCUAUUUAAUAUAUUCAAUCUUGAAGAUAUAAGCAAAAACUUUCGAAUAACUUAUCAAUAUGUAUAAAAUAAUGGAUGGUAUCAUACGUCAACCGAAGAAAAAAGUCAGUGAUCUAAGGCAACGCUACGAAAAUCUCUUACAAAACUUACAAAAUGUUAAAAAUGAAGAAAAUGAAAAUGUUGAGCAGAUAAAAGCAGCUACUUACUCAGAAAUAAAUGAUUUAACUGAGAGGAAAGAAGCGACUUGUGUACCAGCUGUGGUAGAGAUUCUCGAUUACAACGCAAGAAAUAAUCCAUCACCAUGUAGCAGUAGCAGUAUAGCGGUCUCUGCGGAAAGAAGUAUGUCACCUGCAGCAGCCAUGCUAAUGAACAACAGUUUCAAUAUUUCUAAUAUAUCUAAUAUAAGUCAACAAUUCACAACAUCAGGAACUGAAAAAGGUGUUGAUAUGAAUAGAUCUUUUUAUCCAUAUCAAGCUCAAAAUAAUACACCAGUGGCACUGGUUAACAUAGUGCCGGCUGUUCCAGCUGAUUAUUUUCUGUCUGAAAUUCAACGUAGCAUAUUAAAAAGAAAAUAUAAAGAAAUGAUUGGAGAUGAAAAUUCACAUAAUUCUAUGGAGCCAGAAUACCCAAAAUAUAAGAUGACUGAAUCUGGACGAGUUAUCAUCAUUGGACCAAAUGGAACUCAACUACCGGCACAUAAAUAUGAGCGCAUAAAUUGGAAGACAACUUCAACAGCUACACGUAAUUUGAUUACUAAUAUCUUUGAUGAAGAAAUAUUGGCGACUCAUUCACUCACCGGAAAACCAUCACCUGCGUUUAUUGAUCGCCCAAAUCCAGCGAAAAAGCAGUUGGACCCGCUUAAGGUAGCUGAUAUUAUAUAUUGUAUAAUGAGGAAAUGCAGUUGUCCAGAGCGCGAAAUACGUGCUGCCAUCACUAACAAAUGUGCUGACGUUGCUAAAAAAUUCAGGAAGCGUUCAUUAAUGAAGAGCCCCGGUCAAAUGUAGUCUAUUCAUACUUCAAAUAUUUUUAAAUUUAUAUUUAAAAUUUUUAAUUAAUAUUAAAAAAUUAAUUCUACGUUAUAAUAUAAGUUAUAUUGCUAUGACAAAAUUUUUGAAGAAAUCAUGUAAUACUAUAUUUCAUUCAUUUAUCCUACU